GCCCUAAAGUUUUCGUGCUUAAACACGUGCAAGUUUGCGCGUGUCAUCCUACACGCGCCGCGCAUCUGGAUUCCCGUUCUUUAAUUCUAACCAAUCACAAGACUUCCCUGAGUCGCUUCAGCUAAGUGGUGAUGGCGUUUGCCGCCUUCCCAUUGGUUGAGAGAACAAAACAUGAACACUUGUGGCUUGGCGUCGCCCAGAGUGGGUUUUUUCCAUCCAGUGUCACUAAUAUACUCUUGGAUUUUACCCUCUACAAUGUCGAUCAAUGAGAAGUUGUUUUAUGGGGAGCCCUCCAGCACCAGGCCAAAAUAUGUCUGCAUUUUCGACGACAGUGACUCAGAACCAGAAGUAGAUGACCCAGAAUUGCUGGAUAGUGGUGAUGAAUACUUGCCACUGGAUGCAGAGGUGUCAAGUGAUGAGGAGGAAGAAAGGCCAGCCAAAAAGCAGAAAUUAGUGAAGAAAAAGAAAGGUGUUACGAUCGAGGAGUACCCUGAUGAGGAAGAUAUUUAUGAAGAUAUUGCUCUUCAAGGUCCAUCUCAGUGGUCUCAGGUUGACCUCAAAAAUGAUCCUUUGCUGGCAUAUAAACAUGAAAAGCCUCUUGUAAUUAGGUCUCCAUAUGAGUAUUUUUCUACUUUCUGUACUCCAGACAUGGUAGAUAACAUAGCAUAUCAAACAAAUUUGUACGCCAAGCAAAAAACAUAA